AUGUCAGCAUUUGAGAAUAAGACGAAUAAUGUCAAUAACAAUAUUCAGAGCCGAAUCCAAACGAGGCCUAGUACCUACCCUCGUUGCUAUGACGUUGAAGAUGUAAACCAUCUCCUCUUGAAAUGUCCUUUUGCUGAAGCAGGCUGGUUGGGAUCCACCUUUAGCCAUAUCAUUGCAGCUACUGAAAAUGAGGCCGGAGUUUUACUACAGAAGGCUGCAUGGACUGCAUGGGCAAUCUGGCUCAGCAGAAACAUGAUGAUCUUUAGAGAAGAUAUAGAAAAAAUUAAUCUUUAUUCAUUAAUGGAAGAAUCAAGAUUACAAGACUAUUGCUUUGUAGUAACUGUAUUAGAAGAUGCGGGGGAUCCUCUCUUAACUCUUCAAAUUGCAGAUAACCUCUUUAGAGAAUGCAUAAAUGCUUUAUCUGAGAAGAACGCUGAAACUAGAGCUAUUCAGACUCUUCCUCGAUGGUCUCCUUCACCAGCAAAUACCCUAAAGAUAAAUUUUGACGGAGCUUUUCACAAGGCUUCAGGCACUGGUGUUGGAGCUGCAGUUGUCUGA